AUGGAUACUACAAUGCUGAAUUUGCGGAAUCUGUUUGAGCAGCUUGUACGCAGGGUGGAGAUUCUCAGCGAAGGAAAUGAACUCCAAUUCAUCCAGUUGGCAAAGGACUUUGAGGAUUUCCGUAAAAAAUGGCAGCGAACAGACCACGAGCUGGGGAAGUACAAGGAUCUUUUGAUGAAAGCAGAGACGGAGCGCAGUGCUUUGGAUGUUAAGCUGAAGCACGCACGCAACCAGGUGGACGUGGAGAUCAAACGGAGACAGCGAGCCGAGGCGGACUGUGAAAGGCUGGAAAGACAGAUUCAGCUGAUUCGAGAGAUGCUCAUGUGUGACACAUCUGGUAGCAUUCAACUAAGUGAGGAGCAAAAAUCUGCUCUUGCUUUUCUCAACAGAGGCCAACCAUCGAACAGCAGCGUGGGGAACAAAAGACUGUCAACUAUUGAUGAAUCUGGUUCCAUUUUAUCAGAUAUCAGCUUUGACAAGACUGAUGAAUCACUGGAGUGGGAUUCUUCCUUGGUAAAAACUUUUAAACUGAAGAAGAGAGAAAAGAGGCGUUCUAAUAGUCGACAGUUCAUUGACGGUCCCCCUGGACCUGUAAAGAAAACACGCUCCAUUGGGUCCACAGCAGACCAGGGUAAUGAAUCCAUUGUAGCAAAAACUACAGUGACUGUUCCCAAUGAUGGUGGCCCCAUUGAAGCUGUGUCUACCAUUGAGACUGUGCCAUAUUGGACCAGAAGCCAAAGAAAAACAGGUACUUUACAGCCUUGGAACAGUGACUCUACCUUGAGCAACAGACUGCUGGAAGCAAGGACUGAGACAGAUGCUUCUGGCACUCCUCAGAGUGGCGGAGGGAUGCGCCUGCAUGACUCUGUGUCUAAGACGGUUAUUAAGCCUGAAUCUUGUGUACCAUGUGGAAAGCGGAUAAAAUUUGGCAAGUUGUCUCUGAAAUGUCGAGACUGCCGUGUAGUCUCUCAUCCUGAGUGUCGGGACCGCUGUCCCCUUCCCUGCAUCCCCACACUGGUUGGAACACCUGUCAAGAUCGGAGAGGGAAUGCUGGCAGAUUAUGUGUCCCAGACUUCUCCAAUGAUCCCCUCCAUAGUUGUCCACUGUGUAAAUGAGAUUGAGCAGAGAGGGCUGAUUGAGACAGGACUGUAUCGGAUCUCAGGCUGUGACCGGACAGUAAAAGAGCUGAAAGAGAAAUUCCUCUGAGUGAAAACUGUGCCCCUUCUUAGCAAGGUGGAUGAUGUUCAUGCCAUCUGCAGCCUCUUGAAAGACUUCCUUCGAAACCUCAAAGAACCCCUCCUGACCUUUCGGUUAAACAAGACCUUUAUGGAAGCAGCAGAAAUCACAGAUGAGGACAACAGCGUAGCUGCCAUGUACCAGGCUGUUGGUGAACUGCCCCAGGCCAACAGAGACACAUUAGCUUUUCUCAUGAUUCACUUGCAGAGAGUGGCUCAGAGCCCAGACACUAAAAUGGAUGUGACCAAUCUGGCUAAAGUCUUUGGCCCUACAAUAGUUGCUCAUGCUGUACCCAAUCCAGAUCCAGUGGUGAUGCUACAGGAUAUCAAGCGUCAACCCAAGGUUGUAGAAUGCCUGCUCUCCCUUCCCCUGGAAUAUUGGAGUCAGUUUAUGAUGGUGGAACAAGAAAACAUCGAUCCUAUCCAUGUCAUUGAAAACUCAAAUGCCUUUUCAACACCACAGACACCAGAUAUUAAAGUGAGUUUACUGGGACCGGUGACCACUCCUGAACAUCAGCUUCUCAAGACUCCUUCGUCCAGCUCCCUGUCACAGAGAGUCCGCUCCACGCUCACAAGGAACACUCCCAGGUUUGGGAGCAAAAGCAAGUCUGCCACCAACCUUGGAUGACACAGCAACUUCUUUGCUUCUCCAAUGCUGAAGUGA